UGUAUAUAUCUCGCGAGAGAGAGAGAGAGAGAGAGUAGAGGGAACAAAGCAAAAGAUAAAAGAAAGGAACAAAUUAGAAGUGAGAACAAGGCAUCCUUUUUUUCCUUCCUAUAGCACUGAAUCUUCCUCAAAGUUUGUUCCAAGAAUUCAAAUUUGGAGAUUAUAGCUUCUUUUUGCUUUGUGGGUGUCAUUGAUUUUGUUCUGUUUUUGAGUUUUGCAUAUGGGUUUUUGAUCAAAAAGGGUGUAUUGGCUUGUGGAAAUGACUUUCAAGAACAGAGUUGAAGGGACUUCAAGAAGUGUUAUUUCUCAAAAAUGGACUCUUUUUCUUUGUAUAGGUAGUUUUUGUGCUGGAAUGUUCUUCACUGCCAGAAUGUGGACGAUUCCUGAAACAAAAGGCGGUAUUACAAGAACAGCUGCAGUAGAAGCUGAAAGACUAAACUUAAUUUCAGAAGGUUGCAAUACAAAAUUUUUACAGCAGAAAGAUGUAAAACUGGUAUCCAAAGAUGUUUUCGGGGAAGUUUCUAAGACACAUCAUGCUCUUCAGACGUUAGACAAAACAAUUUCAAAUUUGGAGAUGGAAUUGGCAGCUGCAAAGUCAGCUCAGGAGUCGAUUCUUAGUGGUGCUCCUAUAUCAGGAGACAUUGAGAAGGGCGAUUCACCUAAAAAGAGAAAAUAUUUUAUGGUGGUAGGAAUAAACACCGCAUUUAGUAGCAGAAAAAGAAGGGAUUCGGUUCGUGCUACAUGGAUGCCACAGGGUGAGAAAAGAAAGAAGCUGGAAGAAGAGAAAGGAAUCAUCAUGCGCUUUGUCAUUGGUCACGGUGCCACAUUAGGGGGUAUACUGGACCGAGCUAUUGAAGCUGAGGACAGGAAGCAUGGUGAUUUCUUGCGCUUGGAUCAUGUCGAGGGUUAUCUAGAAUUGUCCGCGAAGACAAAGACUUACUUUGCUACUGCUGUUAAGCUUUGGGAUGCAGAAUAUUAUGUCAAAGUCGAUGAUGAUGUCCAUGUAAAUAUAGGUACACUAGCAGAAACACUGGUAAGGCAUCGUAAGAAGCCUCGUGUGUACAUUGGGUGCAUGAAAUCUGGUCCUGUGCUAGCUCAGAAGGGAGUAAGAUACCAUGAGCCGGAAUAUUGGAAAUUUGGAGAGACGGGAAACAAGUAUUUCCGUCAUGCUACUGGCCAAAUAUAUGCCAUUUCGAAGGACCUGGCUUCCUACAUAUCAGUGAACCAGCAUGUACUACAUAAGUAUGCCAAUGAGGAUGUGUCACUGGGAGCUUGGUUCAUUGGACUUGACGUGCAGCAUAUAGAUGAUCGCAGAUUAUGUUGUGGAACUCCACCAGAUUGUGAAUGGAAGGCUCAGGCAGGCAACGUCUGUGUUGCUUCAUUUGACUGGACCUGCAGCGGGAUAUGCAGGUCCAUUGACAGGUUAAAGGAGGUCCACAAGCGGUGUGGGGAGGGGGAGAAGGCUUUAUGGAAAGCUGCAAUCUGAGCACAUGCAUUAAUUUCUUCCAAACUCAGGAAGGAGAUGGCAUAGAUGCUUUAAGUCAAAAUUUCUCAUUUUAUUGCUAGAGUACAGAUAUACAUAUGAUAUACACGAAGGGAGAAGUGGAUCGAGAGAAAGAUAUAGCAGGGAAGAGAGGGAGGGAACACUAAAGAAAGAGUACCGAGGGCCUAGCUGGGAAACGUUCUCCGUUUUUGUAGAGAAGAACGACUGCCAAACCGCUUGCAAAAGAAGCAGGCAGUGGCUCUCACCACUCUUUCUUGUGUUACUACUAGGCUAAAAUGUAAGUCAUAGUUCAUUGGAUUGUGAAAUUCUUAAUAAAUGCAAGUCAUUUUUUAGGUGGA